AUGGUGUCCUCGACAGCGCUCACCACGAAAGUGGAAUCUGGGUCUCCCUAUCAGCUCGAAAAGAGCCAAGUCGCCAGAGCUUCUUCCGCACUCUUGAAACACAUCAAGUCCAAACAAGAAGAGCAGGAAAAGACAGCGACAAAGAAGACCCUUAUUGGCGACAAUGAUGAAGAUUCGGAAGAAGACACUGCGCUGAAAAACGAGGCUAUCUGGCUUGUGCUCACCACGAAGAAGCACGUUGUCGACAAGAACCGUUUGAAACCCGGAAAAAUCAGCAUUCCACACUCCCUCAAUGCCUCGCCGUCGUUAAGUAUCUGUCUUAUCACCGCCGAUCCUCAGCGCUCGGUCAAGAACAUUGUCGCCGAUCCUUCCUUCCCUCAGCAUCUCUCCUCUCGCAUUGAGCGGAUUAUUGGUUAUUCAAAACUCAAGGCUAGAUAUCAGAGUUUCGAGAGUCGUCGUCAGCUACUCUCUGAGCACGAUGUUUUCCUCGCAGAUGACCGGAUUAUCAUGCGACUGGUAAAUACUCUCGGAAAAGUGUUCUACAAGUCAAGCAAGCGGCCAAUUCCCAUUCGUAUUGCCGAAAUUGAGAAAGUGGAUGGCAAGAAGGUCAAGAAAGACCCGAAGAAGAAGUCAAAGGACGAUGACAGUGCUUUCGCGUCCCCGGCCAUUGUCGCCAAGGAAAUUGAGAAGACGCUCAACUGCGCCGCCGUACAACUUGCGCCUGCUACCACGGCCGCAAUUCGUGUGGGCUCAUCUAAAUUUACUCCAGAGCAGCUCGCCGAGAAUGUUGACGCUGUUGUCAAGGGGUUGACGGAUAAAUUCAUUACGAAGGGUUGGAGGAACAUCAAGGCUCUUCACAUCAAGGGAGCUAAUACUAUGGCCAUGCCAAUUUGGCUGGCAAGCGAAUUGUGGGUGGAAGAGGGCGACGUUGUGGAAGAUGCUGAGGAGGAUGACAAGGCUAUCGAGGGUGCCAAGAAUGGCAAGAAGCGCAAGCAAACUGGCGAUGACGAGAAGUUACUCGAGGAGAAUAAGAAGGCCAAGAAGCCAAAGGCUGAUGAGGAUGACGAUGCGUCGUCUAUGGCCGCAAGAAAAGAGAAGCUCCAGCGGCAGAAGGCUAAGGCGUUGGAGGAUGGGAACGAGUCUGGUAACAAGAAAGUUACAGCCGCAGAGAAAGUGGCAUCAGGGCUUUCAAAGAAGAAGAGAAAGUCGGUUUCAUAA